AUGAGCAUCGGACUUGGGGUGGCUAUAUACGCUGCCGUGAAGCCAGUUUUGAAAAUUUAUGUGAUUCUGCUUGUGGGCUUUUUGCUGGCCAAAUACAACCUUGCCACGGUGGAAACCUCUAGAGGAGUGUCGAACAUGGUGGUCAACGCAAUCUUGCCGUGUCUGACCUUCAACAAGAUCGUGGGCAGCAUUUCAGCCAAAGAUAUCAAAGAAGUGGGCGUUUUGGUGCUCACAGCAGUGGUGAUGUUUGUCACCGGCGGUGCGUGUGCAUAUCUUACGAAAUGGAUGACCAAGUCACCCAAACAGUGGUUCUGGGGAUUGCUGUUUGCAGGAAUAUUCCCAAAUAUCUCCGAUUUGCCCAUUGCGUAUGUGCAGAGUAUGAGCAACGGAACGGUUUUCACCGCAUCGCAGGUGGAUCGCGGGGUGGCAUAUUGCUGCAUUUUCCUGUGCACUCAAAGCUUCAUGCUGAUGAAUUUUGGGAUGUUCAGACUGGUAGGGCUAGAUUUCAGAGAACCUGAAAAGGAUGUCGAACAAGGCCUGGAUAACGAAAGCUCAGAUCAGGAGACCAAGCCGGAACAAAAAAAUACAGAUUUGGCCACAAGCUCCAGCUGUCGCAGCUGGGAUGCUCACUCUAUGCAUUCAGAACAAGACGCACGUCGUGACAGCAGCGACUUUCCAAAGGCUUAUCCAAGCUCAGAAAUGACGGAAAAAAAAGAUAGCAAGGACGUCCAUCACGAAGCCACGAACGAUGGAAGCGCCCAUUCCAUUGGUAUUGUUUCCAAUGCAAUCAGCAGUUUGAAUUCGGGAUCUGAUUUCACCUAUGAUGAUGGCGAUGGUGUUAACAAUGAGGGCGAUGAAGAUAAAAUCAAUGAUCACAAUACCGACGGUGACAAUAUCAGAAAUAACAGCUUUAUCAACGGUUCACGGCGUCGGCACUCCAACAAUUCACAGUUUAGACGUCAGGUCGAAGCUCCUGUCCCUAUAUCCACUCCUUUGUACAAGACAGGCUCUGUGAAAUCGGUGUUUAGCUCUGGUUCAGCUGGCUCCCGCAGCAGGACAAGUGGAAGAAGAAGACGUUCAUCGCAGACCAUACAGGGCGUUAUCAACGAGUACAGUGCUGCCAGCCGAAUCAAAAGUGGUGAAAUGGAUCUUAACAGACCCUUGUCGCUAACGCAAGAAGUCGGUGAAGACAAUGCCUUUCUUGACGCAGAAAGUGACGGCGAAGAAGCCGCAGACGAUGCCCAAUUUCAGCGUUCUCCAACCCACUUAUCAAAAAUCGACACUGCACACCACUCACAACGGUCCAGACGUACAUCUAUCAGCUCCAGGGUCGAAAAGAGCUCGAAAUUUAACAAGUUUGUGCAGAAAUACAAGAUCGGAUGGCUGGUCUACAUUGCGAUCAAUUUCUGCCGUCCUGCAUCGCUUGGAGCACUUUUGGGAAUCAUCUGCUCCAUGAUCCCUUGGGUCAAAGCUCUAUUCGUUCACACAUAUGUGCCCAUGCAUCAGGCGCCAGAUGGCCAGCCCGUACUGAACUUUUUAAUGGAUUUCACCGGAUACAUUGGAAACGCGUGCGUACCGAUGGGGCUACUAUUGCUUGGAGGUACCUUGGCUCGACUAGAGGUCCAAAGCCUACCGCCCGGGUUUUGGAAGACCACCGUGGUGUUUACGAUUUUCCGGUUGGUCGUUCUACCCAUCAUUGGCAUAGCAUGGGCUAAUAAACUGUAUGACAUCAAUUGGCUGGACAGCGACAUAGCCAAGUUCGUUGUGAUUCUCACUUGGGCCAUGCCAAGCGCUACAGCUCAAGUUUACUUCACCGCAUUCUACACUCCUUUGGAGGGAAGCCAUGUCCAAAUGGAUUGUUUGUCGAUUCUUUUUCUGAGCCAGUACGGAGUCUUAUUUAUCACACUGUCGGUGGUUGUAAGUUACGCUUUGAAGGCCGAUCUCAAAGUUUGA